AUGCCGACUGGAUGCAGACCGGAGGAUUUCCAGCAGCUUCCUGACUCUCUCUCGCUCCCUCUUCCUCCUGCUUUCCUCGCCGACUCAACCAGGAUGUGGCACUCGGCUGCUCUGCUCCUCUCCGCUUUGAUCCACGUGUCGCUGCAGGGUCCCCACCAGAGGAACCUGCUGAAGAACCUCCUGAAGGACUACAACCGGAUGGAGCGGCCGGUGGGCAACGACUCCCACCCCCUGACCGUCGUCUUCUCCCUCAGUUUGAUCCAGAUCAUGGACGUGGAUGAGAAGAAUCAGGUGUUGACCUCGAACAUGUGGCUCCGGAUGAGCUGGUUCGACCACUACCUCCAGUGGAACCAGAGCGAACACCCGGGAGUGAAAAACCUCCGCUUCACCACGGAUCAGGUCUGGACACCGGACAUCCUCCUCUACAACAGUGCAGAUGAUGACUUUGACUCCACCUUUAAGACCAACAUCCUGGUGAACUCCAGUGGCUACGCCGAGUACCUGCCUCCAGGAAUCUUUAUGAGCACAUGCAACGUGGACGUCCGCUGGUUUCCCUUUGACAUUCAGAAGUGUGAGCUGAAGUUUGGCUCCUGGACGUACGACGGGUGGCUGCUGGACCUCCAGAUGAACGAUGCAGACAUCACCGGCUACAUGCCCAACGGAGAGUGGGAUCUAAUAGGCGUCCCCGGCGCCAGAAGCGAGGUCUUCUACGACUGCUGCAAGGAGCCCUACCCCGAUGUGACAUUUGUUGUUACGAUAAGGAGGCGAACGCUCUACUACGCCCUGAAUCUGCUCAUCCCCUGCGUGCUGCUGUCUUCCAUGACCCUGCUAAUUUUUGUGCUUCCAGCCGACUCCGGGGAGAAGAUCUCGCUUGGUAUCACCGUCCUGCUGUCGCUCACUGUGUUCAUGUUGCUGGUCGCAGAGAUCAUGCCGGCCACGUCCGACUCCGUCCCUCUCAUAGGUCAGUACUUCGCCAGUAUAAUGAUCAUUGUUGGGAUGUCAGUCAUCGCCACGGUGGUGGUUCUGCAGUAUCAUCACCAUGAUCCAAACGGAGGAAACAUGCCAAAAUGGGUGCAGCUCGUGUUGCUGCAGUGGGUGGCCUGGUUCCUGCGUAUGAAGCGUCCGGGGGAGAACGACGACCCCGAGCGGCCGCCGUGCGCCCCCCACCUGCGCCGCUGCUCCUCGGGCUCGCAAAGCGGGAGCAUCCCCAACCCUCAAGACCCGACGCUGCACCCGCUGCACCCCCAGAACCUGGCUCCUCUCCAGACGGGGCCCCUCCACGCGGGCCACCCCCACCUCCACGCUCAGUCCAGCGCCAACAACAACGGGAACCUUCUCUACAUGGGCUUCCAGAGCAUGGACGACCCUUCGAUGCUCUCGGAGGCCGUGCAGAGGAAUAACAUCUCCGCGGGGCCUCCGAGAGUGGCAGGAAGUCCGCCGCCGCACCUGCCGUCUCAGUUCUGCAGCUCUCCGCCACCUCCCACCCCCAACAUGGACACCGUGGGGUGUCCCAGCACCGUCUCCAGCGGUGGAGGCUUCGGAGGUGGACCAGGAGGGCUGGGAGCAUGCUCCACCUCUGGGCUAGGAGACCCCCAGCUGCAGGCCAUCCUGGAGGAGGUCCGGUACAUGGCGGACCGGUUCCGGGAGCAGGACGAGGCGGAGAGUGUGGCCGACCAGUGGAAGUUUGCGGGCGCCGUGAUCGACCGCCUGUGUCUGGUGGCGUUCAGUGUCUUCAACAUCAUAUGCACCAUCUCGAUCCUCAUGUCUGCUCCCAACUUUGUGGAAGCUAUUUCUAAGGACUUUGUUUGA